AUGCAGCCCCUUCUCCUGGCCAUACAUCGGACAAGUGUCGGCUGCGAAGUUGCCAAACCUGUCAUCAUCAAGGCCAUAGUGCAAACGAAUGCCCACGCGAACUUCUAUGUGCGCAAUGUGGCGACGAACACUUCACCUUUGAUUGCACCAAGGAUGAUAGCAAAUGAUCAUACCUCAGGUUGUGGUGCUGUCCGUAACGCCGAUUCACCAAUUGCUUGGAGUAUGGACACACCCUUGGACAAUAUGACAAUGAGGGAAAAGACCAUGUUUUCACUGAUCGGUGACAAAUAUUACCCUCAGGGUGCCGACCACUUUGAACAAAACUGCACAAAUCCACAGACUUGCCAGACUUGCCAGGUUCUUCAUGCCACCGCGCUCUGCCGAGUCCACGAGCAGAAGCCUGACAAGAAGCGCAACGCGUUGUCAGUACCGGUAGCCACAAAUUACAACCACGUCGUCACUAAGACACUGUCCACCGAGCAACAGAGUAUAAUGGGCCUUAUCCAACGUCACCAGGCUCCAUCGAUCAACGAACUCCGGAACCAGGCAUUCUACGGACAAUAA